GGUGUUUGGGUUUUGUUAUGCUUUGCUGUUUGCUGACAGGAAAAAUGUAAGAAGGCAAACUAUAUUCAAAUAUCCAUGGAAUCUUACUUACAUUUGACGGGGUUGGAAGAUGAAGUUCACAAGUUAAAGGAUCAAGUCAAAUUAUCUGAUGAUGAAGUGAAGGAUUUGAAAGGGAAGCUAUCUGUAGCUCAUUUGGAGAUCAAAUCUAAGGAUGGUUUGAUUAGCCAACAUGCUAAAGUUGCUGAGGAAGCUGUUUCAGGAUGGGAAAAGGCGGAUGCAGAAGCUAUUGCAUUGAAACGACAACUUGAAACUGUUACUCUCUUGAAGCUUUCUGUAGAGGAUAGAGCAUCCCAUCUAGAUGGUGCUCUUAAGGAGUGUAUGAGACAGGUAAGGAAUGUGAAAGAUGAAAGUGAGCAGAAAUUGCAUGAUGUGGUUCUAGCCAAAACUAUACAAUGGGACAAAAUAAAGCUUGGUCUUGAAGGGAAAAUAGUUGAAUUAAAUCAAGGGCUUUUGAGGGCAGCAGCUGAAAACCAAGCACUUUCAAAGUCAUUGCAGGAGAGGUCAAAUUUGAUAGUUCAGAUUGAGGCAGAAAAAUUUAAAGCAGAAGCUGAAAUAGAACUUAUGAAGGAAAACCUUGUGUCACGUGAGAAGGAAAUAAGCUCACUGAAGUACGAGCUGCAUAUGGUUUCUAAGGAGCUAGAAAUUCGCAAUGAAGAAAAGAAUAUAAGUGUGAGGUCUGCAGAAGCAGCAAACAAGCAACAUUUAGGAAGUGUCAGCAAAAUUGCUAAACUUGAGGCAGAGUGCCAAAGAUUACGUGGCCUUGUUCGUAAGAGGUUGCCAGGGCCAGCUGCAUUGGCCCAAAUGAAGCAAGAAAUUGGUAAUUUUGGUCGAGAUUUUAGUGGAACUCAAUCAAGAAGGAAUGUGAUCAAGAAUCCUAUCCCAAAUUUGUCUCCACAGAUAGAAUUUUCUGCUGACAACUUGCUGCAAUCCCAUAAAGAGAUUGAUUAUCUUACUAUGCGUUUGUUGGAGAUGGAAGAGGAAACAAAGAUGCUUAAAGAAGCUUUGGCUAGUCGCAAUAGUGAACUGCAGGCUACCAGAGACAUGUGUGCUAAGACAAGUGUAAGGGUCAAGAGCUUAGAAGCACAAAUACAGGCCCUUAAUCAUAAAACAAGCUCCCCUAAGUCAAGCAUUGGGCACCCUGCUGACGACCUUUCAAGUCAAUAUGCUAGCAAUGCACCCAGUAUUACUUCCCUGUCUGAAGAUGGGAUUGAUGUGGAAGGACGUUCAGCUGAAUCUUUGCUACUGGCAAUCUCUGAUAUCUCUCAUUUGGGGAUGGAGAAGAGUACUCAUAAUGUUAACAAGCGAGAGAAUUCCAGUUGCUUGGAAUUGAUGAAUGACUUUCUGGAGAUGGAGAAAUUGGCCUGUCUGUCAAAUGAUGUUGGUGGAGCUAAUGCUGUUUCAAGCAAUCCUGAUAAUGCUGGAAAUUAUGAAGCAGAAGAUAAUACAUCACGCAAUGCAGCCAAAGGUCAGGACAUAUUCUCUGAGCAAGAGCUUGAUUUUAGUCCAUCAUUAAAGCAGGGUUCGUCAAGCAUAAGAUCCUCAAUGGAGCUUCGAAAGGAUGUGGAAAAUCUGCCUUUCCUAAAGCUUCAGUCUAUGAUUUUUACGAUUUUUGAGUCUCAAACUAAGGACAUGCAUUUAGGAAAGGUCUUGGAGGAUAUCAAAUGUGCUAUGCUGGAAAUACAAGGAUCUCCGUCUCAGUACUCAGUCAACUAUUUAUAUGAGGGAGCUCAAGUAGGUUGUGGUCCCUCCAAUCAGAAGGGUGUACGUGGAGAGAGUUUGAUUUUCUUAGAUCAAGAGAAUCUUGCAAAGCAAAAUUUGGCAUCUGCAAUAUCUCUGAUUCAUCAGGUUGUACUAUCACUUGGCAGAGAAGCAAUGGGAGUUCAGGAUCCUCAUUCUGAUUGCCAUGGGCUAAGGGAAAAAUUAGACGACUUCUCUGCCUAUUUGGAUAAAUUCGUUUUCAAUGAGAUGGGUUUGGUUGACUUCAUCUUGAAACUUUCUCAUGUUUUUGCCAAAGCUAAAGAGCUGAAUCUUGGUGUCCUGGGAUUUAGCGGUGAUGAUAGAAAUGCCAGCAACAAUGAUUACAUAGACAAGGUUUCUUUGCUGGAGAAUGAGGCUGUACAAGGUAACCCAUCAAAACAUGCAUGUAGCGGAGCGUGCCACCAUAUUUGUUAUUCCUAUCCCGACUCAGAGGUACUUCAGGACAGAAUCUUGGAUCCAAGUUUUCCACGAGAUGUUACAUCAUGCUCAUGCUUAUUGAAAGAGUUGGAACAGCUGAAAUUGGAUAAAGAAAAUAUAGCUGUGGAUCUUGCAAGAAGCACUGAAGAUCUUGAAAAUGCAAAGUUGCUGCUACAGGAGACACAGAAGAGUCUAACUGAACUGAAGUUACAGUUGGCUUCCUCUCAAAAUCUCUACAGCCUAGCUGAAACUCAGCUGAAAUGUAUGACUGAGUCUUACAAGUUACUACAAGUGCGUACACAGGAGUUAGAAGCUGAGUUAAACCUUUUACAAGAAAAGUCAGCGAAGUUAGAUGAUGAGCUACUAGAAGAAAAGCGUGGUCAUCAGGAUGCCCUGGCUAGAUGCAAGGAUCUUGAGGACAAAGUGCAAAGGAACACUGCCUGCUUUGUAUGUUCGUCAUUAGCAAUAGAAGAUUCUGGCAUGAAGAUCAAACAGCUGAAAGUGUCUGUCCUGUCACUCUCUUGGCAGGAAAGAGAGACAGAAGAUGCAGCCCAAAAGCUUGCAGCAUGCCAGGAGACCAUUUACCUUCUUGGGAAGCAGUUGCAAGCUUUUCGCCCUCAGACAGAGAACCACCAGACUCAGUACAGUGACAAGCUGCUGGGUGAAAGUUCAUAAGGCAGACUGAAUCAUAGUGGUUCAAAGGCACAGGACAUUCACUACUCUGAUGAUUUUAAUCACAUUGAGACAGACAGUGUAGCUUCUGCUGAUGUGCAAUCUGUGAGUGAGGAAUCCUUGCGUUUUGGUCAUUCCACCUCAAGUCACUGGGAUUAUGAGUCCAAUCUUUCAUUAAGGUCGUCAGUGAGCUCAUCUCACCUCAAUCAUAGGCGUACCAAGUCAACAUUCUCUGCUUCUACUCUUGAGGAAGUGAAACAUUCGCGUAGUUUUGGCCGUCUUUUUUCUUUGAAAGGGAAGAAUAGGCAAUAGAAUUAUGCCCUAUACUGUUGUAUAGAUUUCCGGGUUAAUGGGAUAUAUGGCAGGGGUCAAGAUUGAAAUGAAUAGUUCAUAGAUACUCUUGAAUUUGCCAUAGCAAUUGGCUAGCCCCAUCCGUUCUAGAUAAAUUUCCUUUACUUCUCUUUUUCACUGGGAUUGUAGUUGGGGUUCUAAUUGGAACUCGCACAUUGUAGAAAUUACAGUAAUGAGGAAUUGAAAUGGCAGAUCAAAUUACCUUUCUAUCAGCCGA